AAUCACAGCCUUCCUUUCUCAUUUGUUGCCCACCCACGACCAAAGAACCAUCCCCUUUCUCCCAUCUCCUUUCUCCAGAGGCUCACCCACGACGAAACAAUUACGUAGCUCAGGUCACGUAACAGAGCUCAAGCAUUAAGGAGAAAUAAGUUCUAUAGCACGUAAGAGAUUUGCCCGUCACUUUUGGGUGUUCGCCGCAAGUGACUUGCAGGCCUUUCUUCUCAUCAUUGGAGGGUUUGACUGAGAAGAGGUUGUAAUGGCUACGGCUACAUACCCACCACCACCACCAUACUACAGACUUUACAGAGAUUACUUACAGAACCCAAAAUCAGCUCCUGAGCCUCCCCCGCAUAUUGAAGGGACAUACAUUUGUUUCGGUGGCAACUACACGACUGAUGAUGUGCUUCCGAGCUUGGAAGAGCAGGGAGUGCGCCAGCUAUACCCAAAAGGACCAAAUAUUGAUUUUAAGAAGGAACUGAGGUCACUUAACAGAGAAUUGCAGCUGCAUAUUUUGGAGCUCGCAGAUGUUCUUGUUGAGAGACCAUCACAAUAUGCGAGGAGAGUGGAGGAAAUAUCCCUUAUAUUUAAGAACAUACACCACCUUCUCAAUUCGUUGCGUCCCCAUCAGGCUCGAGCGACAUUAAUUCACAUUCUAGAACUCCAAAUACAACGCCGCAAACAAGCUGUCGAGGAUAUAAAGAGGAGAAGAGAGGAGGCCCAGAAACUUCUCAAGGAAUCCCUUGCAACCUUGGACGGACACUAGUGCAUGAUUUAGAUGGCUUUUGUUGAAACCCGAACUGCCCGUGUUUUUGUUUACUUAGCGAAUCUUCAGUUGUUCGAGACUCCUGGAUAUUUCUGUCCUAUUCUACUUCUUUUCAUUCGUUCCACUUUUGAUUAUAUUGGAAGUAUGCCAACCGAGCGGUUGCUGUAUUUUUAACGACUUCACACGGCUCACUGCCUGGGGUGGGGGGGUACCUACUAAGAUCCCAGUACAAAGAUUUACGAAGAAAGUGCUAAACGAGAAUCUAAAAUCUAUCAUUGCAGAGAAUGAAACAUGCUGUCAUGCUGAGGCUUUCACACAACCUGUGGCCUGUGAGUGUUAACAAGUGCUCAAGUACUCCAUACUUGUUCCAAAAAAAAAAAAAAAGGAACUUAUGGUAUAGCAGGUAUUAUUUUUAAACAAUCCCAUAAUU